AACCUCAUAAAAACCAAAUCCUUAUCUAUUAUUUGCUUUUAUUUAGGCACGGAAAUAUCUUGGUUUCUGGUUUCCAGUUUCCACCGUCACGGCCACAUCUUCCCCGGUGGAAGACAGAGAGAAAGCCUCCACCCAUUGAUCGAGGAGAGGGAGAAACACAGGGGGGAAGAAAACUACAAUUGGCUGUGAUGAGUUCUCUCUGCCCUUUUGCUAAUUUAUCAAGGAGCAAGGAUGUCUGUCCUAGAAAGAUUGAGGAAAAACAUUAUGAACAUCGAGUAAGGCAGUCUAAUCAGGGGAACAAGGAAGAGUCUGAAGCUCCAAAUACAGUAUCACCAAAGUGUCCAUUUGGAUAUGAUUCCCAUGCAUUCAAGUUGGGGCCUCUCAGUUGUGUCAUUUGCCGAGCUCUUCUUUUUGAGACGAGCAAAUGCUUACCAUGUUCCCAUAAAUAUUGCAAAGUAUGCAUUUCACGCUUUAAGGAUUGUCCAAUCUGUGGAGCUGACAUAGAGAGGAUUGAGCCUGACCCUGAUCUCCAGGAUGUUGUUGAUCACUUUAUUGAAGGUCAUGCUAGGAUUAAGAGGUCCACAGUUAAUUCAGAUAUCAAGGGUGUAACAGAAAAUGACCAAGUCAAGAGUGUAGUUUAUGAGGAUGUUUCUUUGGAAAGGGGUACUUUCUUGGUGCAACAAGCAAUGAGAGCAUUUCAGGCCCAAAAUUUGAAAAGUGCAGAGUCAAGGCUUAGUCUCUGCACAGAAGACAUCCGGGAUCAAAUUGAAAGGUCUGGGUGUACGUCAGAGUUAUGUUCACAACUUGGAGCAGUCCUUGGCAUGCUCGGUGAUUGCUGUCGAGGAAUGGGCGAUGCAGGAUCUGCAAUAAAUCAUUAUGAAGAGAGCAUCAAGUUCCUUUCUAAAUUAACUAAUGGUGAUCCAGAGGUCGUGCAUACGCUUUCAGUUUCACUUAAUAAGAUUGGGGAUCUCAAGUAUUAUGAUGGUGAUCUAUCCAUUGCAAGAUCUUAUUAUUCCCGAUCUUUGGAGGUUCGUCAAAAUGCACUUAAAAGUCAUUCAAACAUAUCAUCCCAGAUGGUAGAUAUAGCUGUAUCUCUAGCAAAAGUUGCUGAUGUGGACCGGAGCCUGGGCAAUGAGGGCAUGGCUAUAAAUGGAUUUCAGGAAGCCAUAAAAUGCUUGGAAAGCCUCAAAUUAGACGCGAAUGAAGUUGCUUUGGAAAAAAGGCGAUUAUCAGUGCUCGAGUUUCUUCAUGGCCAACUUGCUGAACGUGAGAACUUGCUUGCCCCACCCACAGCUUAAGUUCAUGAAGAGCGGAUUAUAUAUCCCCUACUUCCAUGAGCAAAUAAGAUGUAUAUUAUAGGAUCCCUUAACUCGAAUGAGUAAUAAAUAUUAGUAGCAGGUCUAUGGUAUGUGGUUGCAAUUCCCUGUUUAAAAGCAGCUCUGUGGACUUCUUGUCAUCCCACCUCCCCCCUUAAAAAAACCCCGGGUCAAAGCUGUAUAUAUGUGUGAACUUAUGAAUGAUAGCAGCGGGGUUGCCAAAAAUCAAUAACGUGGAAUGUGAAAUGCUGCUCCUUUGUCUCUUCUUCUAAUGAUGUAUACAUAUCGGGCAUGAUCUUGUAGA